AUGAUAAUGAGUAGACUCAGUAUAGAGUGUGCAGAAGAUGGAAGGGACAAGAGUUUUAGCUUAGACGAGUUUUCAGCAUUGUUUAAUGAAGAGCCAAGUUUGCAAGAGAUUAAGGAAACUUUCGAUAUUUUCGACGGAAACAAAGAUGGUUUUAUAGAUGCUAAUGAACUACAGACAGUUCUGUGCAGUCUUGGCCUAAAGGAAGGAUGUGAAUUGGAACAAUGCAGAAGAAUGAUCAAAGCUUUUGAUGAAAAUGGUGAUGGACUAAUUGAUUCUUAUGAGUUCGUGAAAUUCAUGGAGACAUGUCUUUGUUGA